CAUACGAUACUUGGACCGCAGCACUCAACGUAACGCUGAAGACGGACUCCACAGUGUUAAAGCUACUCCGCAGUGAUACCUACUACCACCUGCGAGUCUUGGUCAUCGAUCGAGACGGCAUGUACAGGGAGCAGGGCGCGAAAUAUACGCAUUUCAGAACCGCGUGUGGAGAACCACUGCAACCCCCGCAAAUGGUGGAUAUAAACAACAACAGCGUCAGCGAAAUUAUCAUCAGUUGGAGGAACCCUGACCACGAGAGCUGGCAGUGCUGGAGUGUGAAUGUAGUACUCGAAGUCAAUAAUACACUGGUGGAGUUCAAUUUGACGAAGUCUCUCCCGUGGCACACAAAUUGGUACAGGAUACAAACGGCUCCGUACACGCCAGUGACCAUCCGACUGCGCCUAAGAACACCGAACAACAAAUAUAGUCCGUGGACCAAGACGUGGAACGUGACAUCAGCUGAAGAUGCUCCUGGCGAGGUGGUCAACGUAAAGCUCCUUCAAAGUGGCCCUCGCAACGUCACUGUCUCUUGGAGUCCACCCGAACAAAAGCACGGCAUCAUCCGGGCCUAUCGCGUCGUCUACAGGCCCCUCGCGUCCCGUAUACGCAGCUGUAACGCACUCAACCAACUGGACACGACAAUCCUGGCGUCGCCGAUGCACCACAGACUGGACUUGAUGCCGCUGCGUCCAUACACCAACUAUUUUUUAUCCGUGGCAGCCCUCACGGUCAAGUACGGCCCAGAGAUGAAUGCAACGUUCGACACAGAGCAAGAUAUUCCAGAAGGAGUGCCAACUCAAUUGCACUAUGCAAAUAUUUCACGGAGCUUGGACACGCUAACGUGGGCUGAGGUACCCUGCGGACUACGUAAUGGGCCCAUCACAUCGUACUAUGUGGAAAUCGACAGCGUUGACCAUUGGGAGAACAAGCUGCGACAAACAACGGUUAACUCGACUUCGAUAACCUACCGGGAUCUGCUUCCUAUGAGUCAACAGUGUUUGGCUCCGCGCGCUCCUGGAGGUCUGGACUACGAUCUGAUUUCUCAAGACAGCAUAUUGCUCACGUGGGAAGCUCCCUAUCCUCCAGCCGGUGUUCUGGAACACUACCAGCUGCAAUACUGGAAGGCAAAAACAAGUUACCAACCUAUUCGGAUAUUGAUCAACAACACCAUGUGCUCUGCAAGGGACCAUGAAAUGCAACCAUGUUUCACGGUGCGCGGACUAGAGGAAAACAUGAUGUAUAACUUCAUGGUACGUGCUAAAAAUGUCGACACAGAAUACUCACCAUAUUCGAUUACAGUGGAAGCAGAGACCAAAGAAAAGCCUCCUGGUGCUCCGGCCAGCAUAUGGUUGUCCAAACAGACUGAAUGCAGUCUCAAGGUGCAAUGGGACCCUCCUGCCCGCAAGAAUGGUGCCCUGACAAGUUACAAGUUGAAUUUUAGCCUGUCGCACACUUUCAACGCGAUGCUGGACAAAUCGUUGCUCCCCAUGUCGGUGUCACUGAACAGCUCCGACUCACGGGAGUUUUAUCUCGGAGGCUUGUUUCCGGGGUCCACGUAUUUGAUCUGCGUCGAGGCAGCAACCAGUGCUGGAUUCGGGAAUGCCAUUUGUGAGAACUUUAGCACCAAGGCAUCAGUUCCUGAAGUUCAAAUUGGGCCCCAGGUUGGAGCAGUGGUCCAUAAUGAAGUGAGCAUCACUCUUUACCCAGUGAACUUCGUAAAAGGACCGAUCACAAGCUACUACGUCCUCGUACUUCGUGAAGGCGAAGUCAUCACUCGUCCGGUGAGGCUCGUGAACUACACCACUUCCCAGGACAUGGGCCUUGGCUACUACGUCGCUGCUUGCCUGACUCCCGGCCAGUUGGAGCAACCGAUGGAUUUUGUUGUCGGCAGUGGCAGCCUUAUUGGUGGUUUCGAGAAUCCGCCCCUCAGUGAGGCCACGACGUAUUGGUUCGGCUUGCUUGUCGAGAGCAACUUUUCUGGGGAUGUGUUGCAAGGCUACAGCCUGACAGCUGCUGUCACUGUCAAUGGGGGCAGCGAUUCAGCUGGUGUCGGUGUCAUCAUCGGAGCAAGCCUGGUUAUCAUUUGCCUUAUAGGGGCAGCAAUGGCCACGAUGUCCUACUGCAUUAGGAAGCGGCGUCAAACUAUCUACCGCUCUGAAAGCUCCACAAGGCAAAGCAUGAAAGUUCUAUCGAGGCUGUCCAAGUCUGGUGGAAACGUAACCCCAGAAUCAAGUUCGAUGAUAACCAAGAACAGCAAGGAUUAUCUCAUGAUGGCAGUCGUUACCCAUCACGGCCUUUCCUCGAAGCCAGUCUCUGUGCUUCGGCUUCAGGAAUACAUCAGUCACGGCGAACGGACUGGCUUCCUCAAAGAAGAGUACAUGACUAUAGCCAAGGGACAACUUCAUCCUUGGGAUGUAGCGCUAAAGGUAGAAAAUAAACCCAAGAAUCGCUACGACGACAUCCUUCCGUACGACCGUUCCAGAGUGAGACUGACUCCAAUGGCAGGUUUUGAUAAAGCGGACUAUAUAAAUGCAAGUUAUCUACCGGGUUACAAGUUUCCGCGCAAAUACAUUGCGACGCAAGGUCCCAUGGCGGCGACAGUGACAGAUUUUUGGCGGAUGGUCUGGCAAGAAGGGAGCUGCAAAGUGGUAAUGCUCACCAACCUAGAAGAGCAAGGAAAGACAAAGUGUGAACAAUACUGGCCAGAUACGACAAAGACGUACGGAAAAUUCAGCGUGAAAUUAUUGAAGACGGAGACACAAGUCGACUUUGUUAUACGCCAACUUGAGAUUUCACUGAAAAGCAAGACCAGAAUUGUGACCCAAUUCCACUUCACUGCAUGGCCAGAAGAGGGCGUACCUGCCUAUCCGGAUGCCCUGCUGCCGUUUCUCAAGCGGAUAUGGCGAUUCCAGCCGGGCGACAAGAAUCCUAUUGUUGUUCAUUGCAGCCGAGGCAUCGGCCGCACUGGAACGCUGAUCUUGGUAGACAGCAUGACAUCGCAAGCCGAAGCAGAGGGUGAAGUUGACCUCAUCACUCACCUGCACAAGUUGCAGCAGAGCAGGGUCAACCUUCUCGAGUCACAGGAGCAGUACAUAUUCGUGUACAAGGCACUGGUCGAGAUACUGCGUUCGAAAAGCCAUACGCUCACAGUGAAGGAUUUCAGGAAUCUGCAUGAGAAGCUCAAGAGGAAGAUCACAGCAACUGGAAAGAGUGCUAUUGAACUUGAGUACGAGGAACUUAACCUUGCAUUCCCACCUCCUGCUCCAGAGCAGUGUAAUACUGCACGGGACAGGGAAAAUGCUGCCGAAGAUUCACCACCUACAAUUUUACCAUUUGACUACAGGAGGCCACCCCUGAGUGUUACAGACAAUGGAUUGAAGACAAAGUGCUCCAACGCAAUCUAUGUGAAUGGUUUCGAGAGGAGAAAUGCGUACCUGGUCACACAACUCCCUCAGCCGGAGACAGUAGACGAACUUCUGGGAAAUGCUGGCGACAAGUGGUUCUGUCACACUCAUCACGCUCGGUCCGCUCCAAGAUAAGGUGACACCGCAAUUCUGGCCGAAUCUGAAUGCCUUUAUGAAAUACGGAGAGGUUCGAGUGGAGCAGACAGACACGGAAGACGUCCAAGGUUUCAUCGUGCGAACAUUUACCAUAACCCACAAUUCGGAACCUGGGCGGACAGUGAAGCAAUUCCAUAAAGAGGCAUGGAACAGCGACGCCACUACACCGAGUUCCUGUGAUGCGCUGCUGGAGAUGAUGCAGCGAGCUGAAAAUUGGCAAUUAACGGCACCAGGAAGAACGGUUGUGGUGCA